UCCUAGAGAUUCCGUCCAGUAACUCGACAUACGGAUAAUAGUACCCUGAGAACGACAGGCUUGGAAGUGGGAAGUGAAGGUCAAUGCCUCAUACGCCAUGCAGAGGUUUUCCAAGGUAGCUCUGUCGACGCUGUUGGUGACGGUAUGUCUGCUCUUCCUUGCCGUGCUUGAAGUUCGACCUCCAAGCGAGUCAUUCCGACCAUCACAACAUAUCUCGGCGUUGGGCAGCGUCCUCAAGAACGCCGGCAAAGGACACUCAUAUGGACACCCUCACGGAAGGCCCAAGACCAGCAGUGGCGGGCUGUCGACAACCACAUCAACAUCACCCAAGAGCUAUGCGUAUGCGACAUUUUUCUCGAGUCCGCUAAACGACACACGCAAGGACGACAAGUACUUCACCGCUGCCCGGGUGCUUACAUAUCAACUUUUACACCACCCCGACACCAAGACGACAAAUGAUUACCCGCUAUUGAUCCUGACGCCGCACCACGUCGACACCGACAAGACGGACGUGCUGGAACGUGAAGGAGCGACUGUCAUUCGCAUCGACGUCCUCAACGCGGACAAAGAUUGGGUGCACCCUGCGCGCGAGAGCUGGUCCGAACAAUUCACCAAGCUACGACUCUUCACCAUGACGGAGUAUGAGCGAAUAUUGUUUAUUGAUCUCGACAUGCUGCUUACCCGAACCAUGGACCCGAUCUUUGACGAAAAUGUGGUCCAGAAGGUCUCGUACACCAGAUCCAAGGAUACCAAGGACGACGAAGCGCCGCUGCCGGAAGAUUACGUCUUUGUCGGCGUGUCAGAUGCGGGAGGUCCGCACGACAACAAGCCUGACCCAGGCGACUAUGUCAACGGCGGGUUCUGGCUGAUGCGACCUGACCAGGUGCUGUAUGAUCAUUAUCUCAGUGUGAUGAACACGCCUGGCCGAUUUGAUGAUAGCGUCAUGGAGCAGGGCUUGUUGAACUAUGCACACCGCUCGAAUGGGCCGAUGCCGUAUCGUCGGUUUCCCGUCGGCAAAUGGAAUAUCAACUGGCCUAGUUAUGGGGAUGUUGAGCGCGGUGCGGCUUCGGUGCACGAUAAGUUUUGGGAUCCUGAUAAUGCGGACUGGAUUGAUCGGAAGCUCGUAGAGAUGUGGUGGCGGAUGCAAGGAGAGAUGGAAGGUUUUUGGUUAAAGGCGCAGCAGGAUGGGACGUAUUGAUUUCUGGAUUUCUCAACGGGUGUUGGGGAUCUGAUGACUUGAGGAUGGGAUGUCAAAAUUGCACUUGGGAUUUGAGGGACUUAGAAUGCGAGCUUUCCCGCGUCGAUCGAGGAUGGGGAGUGGCCGCAUGUAUGGGCGAUUGGGCGUUUCACUGUAGAGAUUUUGGGAGAGGAUGAGGGAGACGACGU